ACAGCCCGCAAACAUGGAUCGAACAGAUGGAGUCGUUCUCAGGAGACAAUGAGGAACAGAGCACAGAGGACGUCACAAAACGUAAAAGCUCCAAAAUCAAGUCUCUGAAAAGCCGUUUCUUCAGGAGGGCUAAGAAGAAGGGUGUAGAGGCAGAUGCCAACCUCAGCCAGUCAGCUAGUGAUAUAACCGCUGGAAAAGGACUUGGUUCAGACGAAGAUUUAGCUUCUCAGGGUACAAUGGGCUCCCGAGCGUUUUCCCACGAAAGCAUCUUUCUGGAUGAUCAGGUCCUUUCAGACCCGGAUCCAGUCAGGGUUUCAUCUCAGGAGAAUGUUCACAGCAAAAUCAAAUCUCUGCAGAUGAAGCUCCAGCUGCAGAAGAUGCAUUUUGGGCCACCGCCAAUGGUUCUGCCAAUCAAGAGUCCAGAGGAAACGGCUCAGCUGUCGGAGGACUUUACUUUCCAAGGCUCUAAUGAAAACUCAGGAGAGGGAACCCUCACAGAGUCAACAUCUCAGCCAACCUCUCCUCCAGUCUCACCAAUCUCAAAAUUGGCUCAAACAAGAUCGCCGUCCCAAAUGCCUUCCCAUCACUUUCCUGUUUCUGGACCCAACUAUUCAUCACCAGCUGCAGCAGAGGAUCCGGUAGACUUCAGCACGCCAGCCGAAUUCACCGCCUCCCUAGAUACAUCUGCUUUACGCCACAGGAUGUCCAUCAAACCUAGAAACCAGAGAGCCAGUUCGAAGAGAAAACCACCUUCUGGGAUUGAAUCUGGGUCUCCUUUACGGGACCUGAGAGUGCGUGACCGAUUUGAGCAUGUUCGAGAACAAGAAAAGGAGGCUGUUGCUCAAGAGGGAGAAACAAUGGAGACAGACAAAGGACAGGCCAAUCUUUCCCAGCUUUCUCCACUAACAUUUGAAGAAUUGUCUCCAGUUUCAUCUGAGGUUGCGUCCAAAUUAACCAAUCAGGCCUUCCCAAUUCUUCGAGUGAAGCCUUCAGGGCAAUUGGAUGCAUGGCCCACUAAACGGCCACACUCAUCCUACCUCGCUUCAGAAAUCAAGGAGAAAAAGGAAUCGGAUUUGGAGAGCCAACUAACGUCUCAAAACAAGAGAAAUACUUUUUUUGCCAGUAUGACUGAAGUCUCCUCUGAGCAGCUCUCGCCAUUCAGCUCAUGGUUGACAUCCAGGUCACCUCUUGGUCAGCAGCAGCAGCCUAAAAAUGAUGAGGACAUCUCAACAAGAAUAAAGAGACAAUCAUCAGGAUCUGACUCCUUUCAUUUGUCCGGAAACAGGGAUGAAGAAAGACCCCGAUCAGGCAGUUUCACAGGACUCCUGGAAAAAUCUAAACCCAGGACUAAAUCAUUCGGGGUAGCUGAAGAGAAAAUUGCAAAAGAAAGAGAAGAACAAAAGGGCUUAACAGGGUCCUUGGAAAAACCUGAAGCCAGGUCUAGAUCGUUUGAGGGGAUAGAAGAGAAAGUCACAAGAGAAGAGGAAAAAGUUAAAAGUUUAACAGGAGUCUUUGAAAAAACUGAAGCCAAGAAAAGCUUGGCUUUAGAGAAAAUCACAAGAGAAAAGGAGGAAGUUAAACAUUUCACUGGAUCCCUAGAAAAACCUGAAGCCAGGUGUAGAUCGUUUGAGGGGAUAGAAGAGAAAGUCACAAGAGAAGAGGAAAAAGUUAAAAGUUUAACAGGAGUCUUUGAAAAACCUGAAGCCAAGACUAGAGAAUUUGGGGGAACAGAAGAAAAAAAGACAAGACAAAGAGAGGAACUUAAAAAUUUUACUGGAGUCCUUGAGAAACCUGAAGCCAAGACCAGACCAUUUGGGGGAACAGAAGAGAAAAUCACAAGAGAAAGGGAGGAAGUUAAAAGUUUACAGCCUAAAGGAAGCCCCUUUGCUGCAGACAGAUCCAAAGGCUCAUCUCUUCCAUGGGAAAGAAAUCUCAACUAUAAAAAAACAGAACCAGUGACAGCAGACAAAAAUUCACCCUUAAACACGUAUGUCGUAGAGGCAGCGAGAGUGGACGGCACUUCGGAGACAGUGGAUGAGGCAGUGGAAGCAAAGGAGCUUCCGGAGGAUGAAACAAGGACACCGUUUGGUGUAAAGCUUCGCUCCACAUCGCGCUCAUUCAAGUUCCGCUCUGAAACAGCUUCUCAACCCCAUUCAGCGACGCUGCUGUCCGAUGACCAAGAUGUCAACACAAAGAAAAGACAGAAAAUGGUCGACUGUUCCAGUGAAAUAUCUGAAAAGACACUAGCAAACACAAGCAGCUCCUCCAGACCACCAGAUCCAGCUCCAGUCAGGCGCAAUGCUUCACUUGAAGAAAAUUCUCAAACCACUCCCGCAGAAGUCCAAACAACUUCCAUACACCUACGGGAAUCUGAAACUGGCCCCCAGGUGACUCAGCCUAGUCCACAAGCAUCCUCAUCCGAUGUGUCCUGGAUGAGUUUGGCCAUGGAAAAGACCAGGAGUCUUCAACAUCUUUUGACCAGCAGAUUUCAAAGAGAUUUUACUGGCACACAAACUGGAGCUCGGCCUAAAAGCCAAGAAGAGACAAUCACUGGACCUCAGGUGCAGAAUCAGACAGUAAAGCUUCAACAGAGCACACCACAGCAAUCAUCAGACAAAAUGAAAGAAGAAUCCGUUCAAAGCAGUGACCAAGAGCAAGCUGUCAAACCCUCGGCACCAGCAUCGCAAAAGAAGAUGACGCUGAUAACUCAGUUUGAGUCAUGCAACUCUAGAGACUCUCCAAUCUCUAGACAAAUGACCCAAGGCCAGACGCAGCCCAACAAAGCUCAAUCAGACGCUCAGGCCAUCACAAAAACAACCCACUCUCCAUCACCCUCAUCUCCUCUAAUAGGCAACACGUCUCCAUUUACAUUUACACGAAAGAACGCUCCCCAGUUGCUUGCACAGCCUUACCAAUCCUCUCCUCAGCAGCAAACCUGCGGGACCAGUCAAGGUCUCCAACCUGCCACUCAACUCAAACAUGUACCUUCAGCUCUGGAUUCAGAACCUGCAGUCACAUCAGCUGCAGCUCCCACUCUUGACUUUGCCUUGGAAAGAAGAGAAAAAGAAUCCAGUGUUCUGAAAGAAAGUCCAUCCCUCGUAAGCAAGCGGGUACUUUGGACUGGAUCAGCGGCCGACAGGGCUGCUUUCAUGGAGAAACGGGCAGAAUGGACAACGCCACCUUUGCUAAAGGAGGUGGAACAGAAAAAAUCUCAAGCACAAAUGCAGACCUCAAGUGACACUGACACUCUGGCUUAUCUUUUUCCUCUAAGCAAAGAUACAAUGGAAAUUAGACAAGUGGCAAAAUCAGCAGAAUCCAGUCCAUGCAGGGUUAUAGAAAAGCCUCCUGAGGACAAAUGGACCCAGAAAAAUGUGGAGUUGCCCUCCUCCCUAUCUUCUUUACGCACUCGUUCGUCAGCGCUGCAUUCUGACAGCAGCCAGCCGUCCUGGAUGGAGCUGGCCAAGAGGAAGUCAAUGGCUUGGAGCGAUAAGAGCACGGGCUAAGAGGGGAAUCUGAGAGAUUUACGGGUUCUGGAAACAAGAAUAAGUACUGAUUUGAAUGCGAGAAUAAAAUGAAGGUUGAGUAAAGCUGCCUUGAAGGUGUUGAUCAGAUGUGGUGGAAAAAUUUUACAUUGUUUCUAUGUAAUCACAAAGUUUUAUUGUUUUAGGAACAGAAAGAGAGACUCAAUAAAUUAAUUUCAUAAUGAUCCCACUUCAUAAAAAGAUGUUUAUGAAUCGUUAUUAAUGAUAUUAGGCGGUUUAUUACUGUAAAAUGUUUAUGAUAAUCAAACAAACAAAUUUAAUUAGUUUCUCUUAUUGAGCCUUUUAUUUGCAAAGAGCUGAGCAAAAAUAAACAAAAGUUAUUGGUUUCUCUAAUUUUAGGUCGAGAAAUUUAACUAACAGCACCAUCUAGAGGGAAGGAUACAACAAUCUACCAGAACGAGAACUUCAUUUUCCUAUCCUAUUUAUAGACCUUUAUUUGAAGUAAGAAAACUAAACAUAAAUAAGAAAAAGUGAAGAUGAUUAAAAUCUAUUUCAUUGCUUUAUUUUGAAGCUCCAGGCAUUCUGAGCAGAUUCUCCCAUGAUGUCUUUCUUUGACAUUUACAUACAAAAAAGCUGAUGAGAAUCUUAUUAAUAAGAUCCCAGCCUUACCAUGGUCAGUAAAGAUUUUACAUGGUGUAAAACAAUCUGUCUUUCUCAUACUUUGCAUCUCUGAUGAACGAUGGGGUUGUGAUUGAUUGACAUUUUUAUUAUUCAUUAUUAAUUAUCCCUUUGCAUAAUACAGCAGCAGAUUUUAUAAACUGUAUGAGGAAAAGGAUGUCUAAAAAGUUUGGUUUUUUUAAUGUAUAUUUUAAAUUUGGUACUUUAAGUGCUUACCACAAACACGCCUCUUGUGCAGCAUAAAAAACAUUAAGAGUAUAUUAAAUGACAUUUUGAUUUGUAA